CCAUCCCUCCACUCUUCAACUUAUAUAUAAACCCUCCUUCCAUUAUUGCAUGCACUUCACACUCCAUAACUCUCUCUCUUGAAGAAGAAGAAAUUAAGAAAGAAAAAUGGAGAAAAAGAAGCCGUACCUUGCAGUAAUUCUGGUACAAGGUAUUUAUGCAGGCAUGUUCUUGGUCUCCAAGGCUGCAUUCAAUGGCGGUAUGAACAAUUUCGUCUUCGUUUUCUACAGACAAGCUGCUGCUACCCUUUUAUUGGUCCCUCUCGCCUUCUUCUUCGAAUGGAAAACCGCGCCACCUCUAUCAUGCCGGACUUUCUGCAAGAUUUUUAUGCUAUCUUUAAUCGGGAUAACUUUGAGCUUGGAUAUCAAUGGCGUCGCCCUGGUUUAUACAUCUGCAACUCUAGGUGCUGCAACAACGAAUUGCCUGCCCCUCAUCACUUUUUUCAUUGCUGUCUUACUACGAAUGGAGGCAUUGAGACUGAAGACAACUGCUGGGAUGUCAAAGCUUGUAGGAAUAUUAAUUUGCUUGGCUGGUGCAUUGACCCUUGCCUUUUACAAGGGUCCCCAUUUCAAACUCUUUUGCAUCCAUCACCUGAUGGAGGACCGCCGUAGCCGGACGCUUCCGAGCCCAACAUCCUCCGUUGGGGAGACAUGGAUAAAGGGUUGUCUCCUCAUGUUGCUUUCCAACAUUUUUUGGGGCUUAUGGCUGGUUUUACAGGGUCUGGUUUUGAGGAGUUACCCUUCGAAGCUUCUCUUCACAGCUCUUCAAUGCCUUUUAAGCACGUUCCAAUCAUUUGCUAUUGCUAUCGGUGUGGAACGAGACCCUUACCAAUGGAGACUGGGCUGGAAUCUCAGACUUCUUGCUGUAGCCUAUUGUGGGAUAGUGGUGACAGGCGUCACAUAUUACCUACAAGCAUGGGUUAUUGAGCAGAAGGGGCCAGUGUUCUUGGCCAUGUCCACGCCAUUGAAUCUCAUCUUCACCGUCCUCUGUUCUGCCAUUCUCUUAUGCCAGAUUAUAACUGCAGGAAGUCUGUUAGGGGGGCUUUUAUUGAUCGUAGGGCUAUAUAGUGUGUUGUGGGGGAAAAUCAGAGAGCAAAGAAUUAUGGAAGAUGAACAUCGUUUACCAGCGCAUCAUGUAGACAAAGGUUGCACGGACUUGGUUGUUUAGGGCUAGUUUGAUAUU